AUGAGUCUAAAAAUAAAGGAGGAAGUCAUCAAGCAGAUCAAAGACAAGGUUCUCAGAGUAGUUGAAUAUCCGACCUGGUUGGCUAACAUUGUGCCGGUUCCAAAGAAAGAUGGGAAGAAAAAUGCUGCAACAAGUGGGACUGAAGAGUGCCAGAAAGCCUUUGACAAGAUCAAGGAAUAUUUAUCCAAACCACCUGUUCAGGUCCCACCGGAACCUGGGAGACCUCUGCUACUUUAUUUAUCUGUACUAGAUGGGGCUUUCGGCUGUGUCUUGGGACAACACGAAGAGACGGGAAGAAAGGAACAUGCGAUAUACUAUCUAAGUAAAAAGUUCACACCCUACGAAGCACGGUAUUCUUUGCUAGAGCGCAGCUGCUGCGCUUUGACAUAG